CUAUCUACAACUCGCGCAUGGUUGUCACGUCUUCCUACAACCAAAUACUUCCCACCUGCUUGUGCGGUAACUCGUGCUUUGAAUAAAUCCCUUACAAUGAAGACCAUCAACAUAAACACAGCACAAAUAGAAGAACUAAUAACCCUAGUAAGCAAACACCCAGCAUUAUACGACUCCAACAACAUGGAAUACGCUGAUCAAUACAAAAGAGACCUCAUCUGGGAGCAAAUAGGCAAAGAACUCAACCUAUCAGCGGACUUGUGUCGGGCGAAAUGGACGAUCCUGCGUUCCGGGUACAGAAAAGCUCUGCGCACCCGGAGGGCCUACGUCCGGAAGAAAUGGCGCUUUGAGGAUAAUAUGAGUUUUCUUCAGGAUUGUAUACAGAGUAGGAGGAGGAGGCAGCAGGAGCAGAGGCAAAGUACUGAGUGUAAUUUGUCUGAAGAUGAGGAUGGUUUCGAUGUGAAGAUAGAGCCGGAGGAGGGGAAUUUCGAGGAGGGUGUUCAGGAGGAUGAUAAGGCGAGUUCUUGCGAUUCUGUCCCGGUGGCGGAUUUGGUCAAGUGUUUGCAGGGGGAUGGUGGAAGACUUGCGAGUGGUGGGGUGGAAAAAGAUACAGUUACUCAAUUUUUUUUGAGUAUGGCGGAGACUGUGAAGAGUUUUCCGCUUUUGGUGCAGGCGGAAGUCAAAGCUGAAGUUUUUCGGUGCGUUAGCACUGCGGAGAUUCAGUAUUUGUCGGCGAAGAAUUGAAUUUAUUUUUGUACCUGUAUAGAUAAUAAAGAAAAUGGGGGAAUUGGUAGAUUAAG